AUGGAGUCUCUUAAGAGCGGACUGCAAGCUGCAGAAGAUGCCCUGCUUGGUCACAAAUCAGGGCAAGAGCCUGCCUCCGGAGUCCAAGGCAAGGGAACAGCAACCGACCCUUAUGAUGCUGGCAACGCUCCUACUCAACCAACUGAAACCCAAGGUUUGGCAGGUAAACAUGGUACCGGUCAACAAACCUACGGAAACAAGGUUGAUGAAGGAGUGGGAGGUUUCCACGACACCACAGGAAGAACUGCUGGAAAGCCUACUACUGGCAGUAAUAUGCCCCAGGAAUCCGGACGUGUUCCUGGACGGACAACCCAAGGUACCGAAAGAGUAGAUGAGGGUAUCAGUGGUAUCGCCGGAGAUAAAACUGCAUAUGGUGAGAGAGCCUUACGAUCAGAGAUGCAGCAAGCAGAUCAAUUCUCUUCUACUAUCGGUGCCGGUCAGAAAUCCUCAACGGCAACCAAAAUGAGUGGUGGGCUCACCGAUGAUUCACUUGGUGGUGCUGGAACUGCUGGAACUGCUGGAGCGGCUGGAGUUGCUGUUGGCGCCGCUGGGGCAGGAGCUAUGGGCCGUGGCCAGGAACCAGGAAUGACCAGCAUGAAGCAACAGCCUGGUAUGACUGAUACAAGUGGACGAACUACUGGAACGGCAUCACAUGGCUCAGAUAUGCCAUCUAGUACUUCUGGAGGAUACGGGCAAACAAAGCAGUCUCAACCUGGCAGUGAAUAUGGUGGAGCUGCUCUCGGUUCUGGAGAUGUCACUGGCGCCGGUCAUGGCACCCGAUAUCAGCAACCCUCUGGUAGCACAACACAUGGAGAGCACGGUAAAACCAGUGAUAUGACCGGAAGCUCCAGCUAUGGUGGUUCCUCCCAAUACCCCUCUGAAAUGAAGCAAGGUCAAACAGCCGGAAGCAUGCCAGGUGCAAGCAGCUCUGCCGCCGGUGGUUACGGAUCUUCAGAAAUGAAGCAGGGAGCACCCACUGCUGGCUAUGGUGGUACUCAAACUGGAAUUUCCCAGGGCACCUCUACUACUGGGCACGCUGGUUCAGGCUAUGGAGGUUCCCAAUAUCCAUCGGAGAUGAACCAAGGAGUUUCGUCCACGAGUCAAACAGCUGGAGGCAGCAUGGGACGCACCGCUGAUACAGGUUAUGGAGCCUCCUCACAGCCUUCCUCUGGAAUAAGACAUGACGCUCCGACUUCCACCACCAAUAGCCGCACUACUGGCGGCGUACCAUCCCAUGCACCAGUUAGUGGAGGAGAAACCCCGGUUAAGAGCACAGGGUUUGCCGCAGAGGGCGGUAACUUUGAUGCCACGCAGCCAGGUGCUGGAAGAGAGGCAGAUCGUCUUUUGGACCAACGCACUUCAAAGGCUGGCCAAGGUACUUCCACAACCGGCCAUGGAAACACCGGCACUACAACCAACGAGCCUCACACUGGUGCCCAUGAGCCACAUACCACUCAUAGAUCCGGCAGCAUCGCACAGAAGGCCAAGGAUGCACUUCACAUUGGAAAGCAUUCUAAGACCUAA